CUAAGGAGCGUACAAACAAGAAACAUAGUAUCGACAUCUCAAACGAAAGAAAAAGCCCCGUACAACGCUACCCAAUACCAAAAUUACUCCACAAUGAAUCACCCACCAAACCGAUAGGGCACCAAGCAUCAUGUGCCAAAGCAACCGAACUCAACAUGAACCAGUUAACAAGGUCCAACCACCACCAAAACUCAGUCAAUGUCUUCUACACCCCGAUCGGAAGUUAAAUCCGAUCAAAUCAGCCCAGCAGUCUGAUAGGCCCAUCGCCCUCUGGUACCUCGCGACUAGUAUCCAUGUGGGUCUCCCUGUUUGGGACUGGAAAGAGGGUCUGGAAGCUUCCCUGCAAUUUCGCCUGGUGCUGAUCGCCUGGCGACCCGUUAUCGUUAGGCAUACAUUUCUGCUGCCCAGCGUCUGCGUUAGAGGGCUUCCGCGCUCGUUCAGGAUGCCGCAUUGGAAGGGUGUGAAGUUCUGGAAUCUUUCAGGGGUAAGUUGAGCCCGCUGCUGGGUGGCAUUGGAAAUUGAGAUUUAGGGGUAGAUUUAGUCAGGUUACUUUGUUUAAUGAAUUGUAGACUUGAUAUUUUAUGCAGUGUCUUGU